AUGUAUGCAGCUGUGAAUGGACUGAGAGAAGUGUUUGACCUGCUUGCGUCAAAGGGGGCUGAUAUUUCACUGAAGGAUGAAAACAACAAUUCUGUUUUUCAUUUGGCUUGUCUUGGUGGAAAUAUGUCCAUUGUAGAAGGACUCCUACCACAUUUUGAUGUGAACGGUUUGGAAGAUAAUGGUAGGACAGCAAUAAUGAAGGCUGCUUGUGCUGGAAAUAAGAGUAUCUUCGACUUUCUACUUUCAAAGAACGCCGACUUGUACAUAACUGAUGACUACAAAGACAAUGUUCUGCAUUUUGCAUGUAAGGGAGGUGGGACGACAAUUGUUCAAAAUAUUCUUCACAGAUUUGACAUCAAUGCUCUGGGAAGGAAUGGGGUCACUCCAGUCAUGCUGGCUGCUGAGUUUGGAAACAGAAAUAUUUUCAAGUUACUUGUUUCAAAGCAAGCGGAUCUUACUCUCACCGACGAAUACAGGAACAACAUACUUCACCUUGCAUGUCAGGGUGGAAACAGGUUCAUCGUAGAUUAUUUGCUUUCAUUGCCACUUGAUAUUGACAUCAACAACCGUGGAAGACAUGGCUGGACCCCCGUAAUGGUCGCAGCUCGGUUUGGAAUGUUAGACCCUUUCAACCUGCUUCUUGCGAAAGAAGUGGAUUUCACUGUGACUGACGGCCAUUGUAACAACAUGCUUCACCUUGCAUGCCAGGGUGGAAAUAUUACAAUCGUCGAGCAUCUUCUUCAAGAGUUUGACAUCAACAGUCGUGGACAAGAUGGCAGGACACCUUUGAUGUAUGCAGCUGUUGGUGGACGAAAGAACGUGUAUGGUCUGCUUGUGUCAAAGGGGGCUGAACUGAAGGAUGAUCAUAGGAGCUUCAGAACAAGUGUCAUUGACCUGUUUACGUCAGGGAAAGCCGACCCAAUACUGACCGGUGGCCACAGGGAUAACGUGCUGCAUUCUGCAUGUCAAGGAGGGAACACAGCCAUUGCAAGACAUCUUCUGAAAAAUAUUGAUGUCAAUUUCAAAGGACAGAACGGCCUUACACCAAUAAUGCAUGCAGCCAGGGCUGGAAAGAAGAAUGUGUUCAACCUACUUCUUUCAGAAAAGGCCAACAGGAAACUACUUGAUCACUACACAAACAAUGUACUCCAUUUCGCUUGCCAAGGUGGCAACAGAUCCAUCAUAGAACAACUCCUAAACGAGUUUGACAUCAACGGCCCUGGAGAGGAUGGAUGGACGCCAAUAAUGAUGGCAGCUCUCAGUGGAAAGAUGGAUGCUUAUGAUCUGAUUGCAGCAAAUAGGGGUAUUCCAUCUUUGACUACUCCACAGAAUGACAAUGUUCUUCAUGCAGCUUGUCAAGGUGGAAACAAAGCCCUUGUUCAGAAGGUCAUUGGCAGCUUUGGUAUCAACACAAGGGGUAAGAAUGGUUUCACUCCUCUGAUGAGAGCUGUUGUUGGAGGUCAUAUGAGUGUGAUGAAGUUCCUGAUGUCCCGGAAUGCUGACCAUACUCUGGUGGACAAGGAUGGACUCACUCUUCUACAUCUUGCGUGCAAAUUCGGUCACCUUGACAUUGUGAAGCAUAUCUCAGACAAGUUCAAUAUAAACACUAAAGACAAGGCUGGUUUAACAUACAUCAUGACAUCAAUAUUGUAUGGUAAAGUGGAAAUAUUUGACUACUUGAAAAGAAAAGGCGCGGAUUUGUCUCUAGUUGACAACACAGGGGAUGACGCCUUUAGCCUUGCACUUAAAGUAGGCUGCAGACAAAUCAUAGAAACACUUCCACCGAAGGGAAAGUCAGAGAGGAACGUCGAACCAUGGAAUGAACUGAUGAAGUCACUUGUGAAGAAGGAGUCAUGUUAUCUGCAGAUGUACAGAUCAAACAGUCCUGAACUGAAACAAAAAGACCAGUCUGGAGACACAUUACUCCAUCUGGCUUGUCGAGGAGGCAACAGACACUGUGUGGGGUUCCUGCUCCCGUCCUAUGACAUCAAUGUCAGAGGACGGUACAACUGGACACCGGUGAUGAUGGCGGCUGCGUGUGGACAUACUGAUGUCUUCAAGCUGCUGGUGGAUCACAAGGCCGAUCUCUCUCUGGUCUCAGACACAGGAGAAGAUCUCCUCAGUCUUUCCCGGAGAAGCAUCAACAGUGACAUUGUUGACGCAAUCAGAAACAUGCACACCGUUGAUGCAUAGGGCAGGCAAUUCUGACAAUUUAUUUGUGUGAACAGAAAGAAAACAACAGAUGUGUAUUUUUCUGCCCAUUAUAUUCUAUAUGAGUACGCACUUAUGCGGACAUGUGUGUUAUGGCAUCAACAUGUUUUAGUACAUUAACUUUAGUGAUGGAAUGACACAAAUUGAUGAAAUGUGGGUUAAUGUAAUUUUGUCAGGACACAUUGAUUCAUUGUGAAUGUCCACAGUCGUCAUUUUAGGUUUGAUAUAUAACCAAACGCAAUCAGAUGAAAACAAGUGUCCACCUCAGACAAGAUAUACUGGUGACAACAUAAACUUGAAAUUAAAUAUACUUAACCACGUUAAUAUUUUAAUAAGAAUUGGUUUUAUCUACAUAAUCUGAUGCCUGUGGUAAGAGGCAACUAAUGGGAGCUGAUCUCUGAUGUUAAUCAUCUGCUCAUCUGAUCCAGACGCAAUUAAAUAGAUCGUCCAGCUGGAAUGUCCCAAACAAACAAUCACAAUAUGAUAUAUAAUGCAUGAUCUAAACAUUUCAUAAUUGUAUUCAAGGGAUUUUUUUCUAAAAUAGAAACAUGGCAACACAUUCAAAACACAUCUGUUUACCACCGUGUUAGCGUCGACACUGAAACAUCGCAUCUGUUGCAAUAAGGAAGCUGUCUAUCCAUAACAAGUGUUCCUCUUCAUCAUACCAGAUUCUAAAUGACACUUACAGAAGGUAUUUUCAUUGUACUAUCACUUACGUUGUGGUGAUGUUGUAGAACUACUACUGUAGCUGAAAUCGGUUAUAUAUAAACCUAUCCAGCUUGAAUGGUGCUGACUCACACUGUUAGAUGAAUGUGAACAAUGCAGAUAUAUGAUCUUAAUUGAAUGUGUACAAUGCACAUAUAUGUUGCCAGGUGAAUGUGUAGAAUGUAGACCUAUGAUGUUAUGUGAAUGUGUACAAUGUAGACCUAUGAUGUUAUGUGAAUAUGUACAAUGUAGACCUAUGAUGUUAUGUGAAUAUGUACAAUGUAGACCUAUGAUGUUAUGUGAAUAUGUACAAUGUAGACCUAUGAUGUUAUGUGAAUAUGUACAAUGUAGA